AGCUGUAUCGAGCUGAUAUAAAUGCCAGAAAUCUCAAUGACCACAAAAGGAAAAAAGACAACGUUUUCAUCAUGAGGUGGCUCUCUGUGGCUGUGCUGCUCUUGGGCACCAUUACUUGCCUGCCAGAUGCGUCUCUGGCUUUGGACGGAGUCAGAGAGCAUGUUUCGGCUUACAGGAUUUCUGCCCUACGUCCCAAACGAAUGGUGGGGGGAUCACUGACCACAUCGGUCCCCUGGCAGGCAAUGGUGUACCUCAGUGAAAACAUACUAGAUGGAGGGUUUGCUGGAGGAGCCCUGAUAGCUGAGCGCUGGGUACUGACUGCCGGCCGUAAUCUAUUUAUACGAAAAAGUCAAAAUCACACAAGAGAACAAGAACCAUUAAUCCCAAAAGUCUAUCUUGGAAUCAGCAAACGUUCUGAUGCAAAUGCUUCUUCGGAAGUAGCUGUGGAAAAGGUGUUUUUGCAUCCAGGCUUCCAGAACACAUCUGACUGGGACAAUGACCUUGCACUGAUCAAACUGAAGGAGCCAGUCAAAUUUACUGAGUCUAUAAUGCCCAUCCCCCUCCCUGAGAUUGGAGAUAAUCAGGAAGAGAGGGAAGGAGAGAGAGGCAUCAUCGCUGGGUGGGGCUGGGGGAAAAUUUUUACCCCUGCACCAGUGCUGAAGUUUCUCGCUCUGCCCGUCCAGUUCUGCCAGGGUAACUACUCAGCAAAUGUUCUCGCAAGCACACCAUAUGUGGAUAACAAACAGUUCUGCACAGGACCCAGUGAGUACCAGGAAAACGUGUGCUUUGGUGAUGCAGGGGGCGCUCUUGCAUUCCUGAACCCCAACACCAGUACAGUGUAUGCUGCGGGCAUCCUCUCCUUUGACAAGGCUUGUUCUGUGGAAGAGCAUGCUGUCUACACAAAGAUUUCUGCCUACCUGCCCUGGAUUCAUAGUGUCAUGAGAGGGGAUUCAGAAGAAUUUCCAGCAUGGCGUGCUUUCAUCAUGACUCACAUGUUUUCAAAACAACCGUAGUAUGAUCUUUAUGCAGUGAAAACUGCUUCAUAAAUAUACAUUUGUUUCACUGGUUUGUAAUUUGCACUAUUUACCUUUGUUUGAAUAAAAAUGGGCAAUGUCAUUUAA